AUGCAAGCGCAUGGUGAACAAGAGGCUGCCAAUAUUUAUGGUCAUCUUUUACCAAAUUUUGAAAAAGCAGUUACUCCUGAUUCUCGCAGCCGAAUCGAUGCUCUAUUACGAGAGUUUUCGUCAUUCAAAGACACAGAGAAGCUCCUUUUUUGCUUGUUACUUCCGACCGAACCUAGUGGAAUCUGUUCUUCGAGCCUAGCCGACGAUGAGAUUUCCGCCAAUGGGUUCGAAAUCAAUAGUCUUGGUGUGGGGCUUUUUAGUGGUUCAGGGUGUUCCUCUCUCCAUCUCUCAAAUCAAGUUGAGCAGAGCCAAGCGUACACAUGGAUUAUGUCACACCUUGAGGAGGACGCAUCUACUUGCCUUAGAAAAGAUGAAGUUUAUGAGGACUACCGGUUAUACUGCGAGAAACACAACCAGAAAACGCUUAACACGGCUGAUUUUGGAAAGGUUAUGAAGCGAGCCUUCCCCAAUGUCAAACCCAGGCGACUAGGGCAAAGAGGACAAUCUAGGUAUUGUUAUGGUGGUAUGCGGAAAAAGCUUGAAGUUCAACCACCAUCCCUCCCCGACCUAACGGCUGAGUUAUCCGCCCCGACAUUGUCCACCAACUUCCGUAGUGCUUCCUCGUCAGUCUCCUCAACCGAUGAUCACCGGUCUAGCCUGCGUGGUGAAGCCUCGUCCUGGUUUUCUGAAGAGGUUCGAGGUGUGCUUGGAGUUACUGGACCUGUUUUAGCUGAUGUGGCUAACGUCCUUUUGGAGUACGCCCAGAAUGUAUUCGGCACAACAUUCACUUCACUCACCAAACUGGCAGAACACCUUGUCGCCAAUCGAUACGUCAGUACGCGUUCUCGCCACUCCUUUGCAUUGAUUGCCCAUAUCUCCAACAAUCCUUCCAACUCGACCCCUGUCACUGGGUCUUCUAGUCUUUCAAAUAUGCUUCUUAGUCCAUCUUCGGCAGCCGCUGGUGCCUUCGCUGAAGCUCUUCAGAAAGGAAAGGAGGAUGUGAAAAAAGAAGUAGUUGAUCAAGAUUUGUCAUGCGUGGAGCUGCCAAGUGUACGCAACACCCGUACGCCAACAGUGCGCGUAAGCAGUGCCGGGGCCACUGCCGCGGCUUCCUCGUUGUCUCAGACGCCGCCGACAACAGCUAGCCAAGUGGCUGGCGGCAGUCUCUUUCCCUAUCGCAGCCCCCUUUGCACGAACAACUACGACAACAGCAGGGCUGAGCGCUCUCCCAAUGUCACCGCCUCUACACCUGCUGUGACGUCAGCCUAUCAUAUAUCCCCCUCUGCGCAUUACCCCUUCACCCUGUCUCAGUUCUCAACUACCUCGGCUUCAAUACUUCAGAACCCGGCUGGAAAGCCUUUGGGGUCGACCUAUACCGGCAUCUCUGCCUACCUCCAACCACCACAACCCUACGCGCACUGCUCGUCUACCGAUCACAGACGAAUGAGUUUCUCAGAUGGCACACCCUCGUACCUAGCUCCCGUAGCUGGUACUGGUGCUUACUGCGCAUCGACCCCAUCCACGCCCUACGGUAAUCGUGGUCUCGAUGCCUCCGCUCCUUACGCCUCGUACACGGGCGCAUUCGCUCCCCACUCGUCGUCGUCGUCGUCCGCACUACCUCACCAGCAGCCGCCUGCUCCUCUCCCGCCUACCGCAGGUGUGCGCAACCCCUACACUCCGAUCGCAUCCUACAAGAGGACACCCAGUCUGCUGCCUGUCGAUGCUCCUGGAGCUAAUGAGCCCGUCUUGGCCCUCGUGCUAGUCCUCUUGAGCAGUUUCGGACUUUGCAAUAAGUACCUCGAGCUGUGUACCAUGCUGUGUGGCGCGUCCCAGUUCCUGUCCAGCCGGCUGAAAUUGCACUCAUUCCCACCCACUGGGUGUGCAUGUGAACAAUCCUCCUUUGGGAGCAGUCACUCCCGUCCCGACACCAUUCUUCGGCUCUUUAUUCAGCCUGCCCCUCGUCCUAUAUUCCGCUUGUUGAUCAGCAUCAACGUCAGCAACACCGUCAACUCACUCCUCCUAUCUGCUCACUCCUCGCGCGAUGACGAGGGCUUAAAAUUCCCCUCCCUUUCGCCCCUCUGUCUCUUCGAGCUCCUGCUGCCCUUGAGAAAAGUGGAGGACAUUAGGGCAAUAAAAAUGGCUUCCGCGUUGUUGCCUUGGGGUGGCGGUGAAGCUGAUUUCGUCUUAACACGAGUUCACUUGGGUGGGCUGAGUCCGACAAAACAGGUGAACUUCUUCGACCUUUCUCAUGAUAUCCGAAGCGGGACAUCUGGAGAUUAUGCUCGUGUCUACCAGCCUCAGGCUCCCGUUGCUGUCGCCGCUGGCGCGUCGCCUGCCAAUCGACCUGGCUCAGGCCCCCAACCACAGCACAGCACUGGCUACUACCGUGGUCGGUACAGCAACUUGGGUCUUUUGAGUCCAGCCACGUCCUGUCAAGCUUCUCCCGUGCCCAGGUUGUCCACACCACCGACCAGCGAAUCAAGUGUAACUCGACCGUCGCAAAUGAAGCAAUCUACUUUGACCCGAGCAACUGACCCUUAUCGCGGCUCAGCGGCAUCCCCCUUCGACAUUCAUAUGAACGAUGGCGGUGAUGACGGCUUUGAUUUCGACAGUCUUCCCCGUGUCGGUGCUUCUCCUUGUCCGCCAGCUAUUCCACCCAGUUCACCUACUGAAUUCCUUUCGUUUUAUUCCGCUGAAACUGCUGCACGUCGGAAAGUAAAACAAAGGACUUCAGAAGACCUCGACCGCACCCUCACCAAUCUAUCAUCUGAUGGCAACGGGUCUGGCAAUGGAACCAGCCCUCAACCAACCAAUGGGAACCAACCUUUGCGCAUCCUAAUUGGCCAAGACGAUGAACACGAAACUAAUCUAGUCAUCAAGCGAGAAGAUAUGCAUGACGCGUUGUUGACCCCAUCUGGCGAAUCAGAAAGCACAACAGCCUCUCCACCAGUUACUCCUGGUCGCGAGCGGUUCGCGAGUUCCCUUGGCGGCAGUAAUGGUGUCAAGUGUCCUGCCAACACUUCUGUUGCUCCCAGUCAGCGACCUGUUGCUUCAUCCUCCACUAAAGACGAAAUGACAGCUGCUGGCCAGGCGUACUCCCUCAGAUCUAGCAACCGCAGUGGGCGCAUAGAAAUACCUAGAUAUAAUUAUCGUGAGGGAAAAUUAAAAUCCCAAUGCUUCCAGUACGGAUGGUACGUGCCCUCUGAGCGAAGGUGGCAAAAGUACCAACGUUAUCAUUCACUGCCGCCGUUGACUCGACGAGACGCCAUCGAUAUUCAGAGGGAAGAUGAUUACAUCGGGCUCAAAAUGAAACUCAGCAGGCAUUUCGAAAAAUCCCUGCUCGGGAAUCUGCCAGGGGAAGUACCGUUUGUUAAGUGGAACGGUCAUCAACGCAUCCCCCAGGAGCCCUGUCUUCCGGACUACUUUCCUAUUUGCUUCAGUCAAUUCACGGAUUACCCUGGUGACUACCAAGAAGUGAGUUUAUGCUGGAUCCCCACCAAUCCCGUGCCCACAGUCCAUCUUGAAUCUCAGGUUGUUGCUUGA